CUAAACUUUGGCAACAGACUACAGUGGUGCCUGUAUCUAUUCAUUUUUAAACCGUUGGUUCUCAACUUCCAAGCUCCAACAGCCACAACCAGAAAAAUGGCUUGGGCUCUGCUCUCUCUGCCUCUCACCCUCCCUCCCUCUUCUUCUCCUCUGUCCUCCAUACUCAAUCCUUUCAAACCCAAAUCCCAAAUAGGCUGGCUUGCAAGUUGUAGUGGCAGUAGAAGAAGAGCAAGAGUCAUAGUCAGUGCUGCAGACCAGGAAAAAACCGAGGACAAAGACGAAGACAAAGACUCGUCAGCUUUCAAUCCCUUUGGCUUUGUCACUGAUAACCCGUCAAGCCGCAGCGCCAUUCAGAUCAUUGAGAGCCCUGCAGAGUCUGGCAAUGUCGGCCAAAUGCUUUAUAGGAUAGAAGACAAGGGGAAGGAAUAUGGAAAAUACAUCAGAUCGGGGGAGCAUGUAUGGUUUGUUAGAGAAACUGGAUCAGCUGAGAGCCAACGUGGAACAGUUAUCUUUCUUCAUGGUGCUCCCACACAAUCUUAUAGCUACAGAAACGUUAUGUCUCAGAUGUCAGAACUUGGGUUCCACUGCUUUGCACCUGAUUGGCUAGGGUUUGGUUUCAGUGACAAGCCACAGCCUGGAUAUGGAUUUGAUUACAAAGAAGAGGAGUUCCAUGAAGAAUUUGACAAAUUACUAGAUGUGCUGGGGGUCAAAUCUCCUUUCUAUCUGGUCGUUCAGGGAUUUCUUGUAGGUUCAUAUGGAUUGACAUGGGCCUUAAAAAACCGAAGCAGAAUAUCUAAGCUUGCAAUUCUAAAUAGUCCACUCACAGUUUCAUCUCCUGUUCCUGGACUGUUUAAGCAACUAAGAAUUCCUCUUUUUGGUGAAUUUACAUGCCAGAAUGCUGUUAUGGCAGAGCGCUUUAUUGAAGCAGGUAGCGCUUACGUCUUGAAGCUGGAAAAGGCUGAUGUGUACCGGUUACCAUAUCUUUCAAGCAGUGGACCUGGAUUUGCUAUACUUGAAGCUACCAGAAAAGCCAAUUUCAAUAAUAUAUCAACCCAAAUAGCAUCUGGCUUUGCAUCUGGAAGUUGGGAUAUACCAACUCUAGUUGCUUGGGGGAUUGCAGACAAGUAUCUGCCUCAAUCUGUGGCGGAAGAGUUUCAGAAAGGAAACCCUACUGCUGUCAAGCUUAAGUUGAUAGAAGGUGCUGGGCAUAUGCCACAGGAGGACUGGCCAGAGAGAGUUGUUACUGCUCUGAGAGUGUUCUUUUAAGUUCAAUGCAUGAAUCCACCUUUAAUCUGGAAAUCGGCAUCAUCUUCCAAGUUAAUUGUUUGAAGUUAAACAGCUGCAUGACUUGAGGGGAUUCAUUAAACUGCAAAAAAGAUCCUACCAGUUGCCUUGGCAGUUCAUGUGUAAAUAUUUCUCCUUUUUUGUUGUAUCAUAUUGUAAACAUUUGAACUCAGAUUUUUUUAAAUAUACUCUUCUUCUUUAUAUGUAUUAUAGUAAACAAUGAUAAAUACAAACUAAGAAUUUCAUAA